AUGUCCGUGGAAAGGGGCUUUGCUGCUUCUCCUCGUCAUCUACAUAUGGCUCAUGUCUGCAUUUACAGCUGGACAGACAGCGACACAGACGGAGUCGGUACCUGUUGUCAUGCCCACAUUAGCCGGGCCAUCGAGGCCGAGAACGAUACCUUGAUAAGAGCUGUGCACGACUAG